AUGGACUCUUGGUUUCCUAUGACAGAUUUUCCACCACGAGAUCCUUCUCUCGAAAUUCGCACUGUCCCUCACAAGCGCUCUUUUAACAUCCGCUCAUUCGGUCCUGGUGCUGAUCCAGCCAUUCAGAAAACAGCCCGGCAUCUCAGUGAUGUUGACUUGGAUAUCCGGCCCACUGACUACAGUGUUGAACCUGAAUUUGAUAGUCAAAUAUUUGAGAGAGAGAGGCCCUUCAAUCGGUGGGUCCGUGAUGAUGAAGACUGGUUCGGCUACAAAAAGAGGUCUGACGAUGUGCGCAAGCUUCUCUCUGCUGUAGAGGCACAUCAAAAUAAGACACGAGGACCACUCGGACAGGCAGCCACGGACCCAACAUGGGGUUACUUCGUCUUUGUCACAUCUUAUUCCAAUCUGGCAUGCCAAAAACUCAACCAAGCCCUGGAGAACCUGGUCCAAGCCACAAUCGGAAGCUUGAGGCUAAUGUCACCUUCUCUCUAUAGUGAGGAAGCAACUAAAAGAUUCAAACUUGAAGUCAUUGAAGACAAAGAGGCCCUAGAGAACGCAUCAGAAGAUCGAGUAAGGGAGGAAUUCCGUGCUCAUCUCAGAAGUCUCGGGGUACUUGAAGACGACCUCAUGUUCAGAGGAAUUGGUAUAAGCAGGUUCUCAGCAUGCAUCCUCCUUGACGAACAAACAAUCAGCAGAUUGGCCAAUUGUUCUUUCUCCCUCGACAUUGAAUGGGAUGAGCCUCGUCUUGCCGAUGUCCAUGUGAGGAUGAUCGAUCCAAAAUGGGACUAUCCUGCGGAGCCCUACCCAGGGGAACUCGAUGAUGAAGAUAGGCCAUAUAGAGGUGGAGAUUACUGCCCCGUUACUGCUCUCGCAGAGCUAUAUCGUAUCAUGGACGGAAAUUUGAUGGGGGAGUAUCCUUUCUUGUGA